AUGGGCAUCUUUAACAGUGUUCUCGGGAGAAGUGAAGGAUCCACAAUGAGUCAUAAAGACUCACACCUUGACAUCAUCGUCGUUGGCGCAGGCCUCAGUGGCCUCGCCACCGCCAUUUCCUGCGCCAUGUCCGGCCACACCGUUACAGUUCUCGAGCAAGCGAAGGAGUUAGCCGAAGUUGGCGCCGGUCUCCAGAUCACUCCAAAUGCUUCCCGCUUGUUCUCACACUGGAAACUCCCCGAGAAGCUAUGGACCGACGCUGCAGAGCCCACUUCAUUAACAGUUCACCGCUACACAGGCGAAGUCCUCGCCCAUGAAGAAUCAUUCAGUCGGAAUAUCCGCUCCAAGUACUCCGCACCCUUCAUCGACCUGCACCGCGUAGACCUGCAACAAGCACUCUACGCGCGAGCCAAGGAGCUCGGCGUGAUCUUCCAUCUCGACGAGAGAGUCAACACGAUUGACUUCGACACCACUACCGUCACCACCCUCAGCGGCAGAACUCUUUCCGGGGAUCUAAUUGUCGCCGCAGAUGGACUCUGGUCCCGGUGCCGGGAAUGCUACUGCGGGAAAAAAGACGACCCCAUUCCCACGGGAGAUCUGGCGUAUCGGAUUGUCCUAACGGCAGACCAGAUCUCAGACCCGGACCUGAAAGCUUGGGUUGAGAACCCGACGGUACAUUUCUGGAUUGGACCUGGGGCACAUGCAGUAGGGUAUUCCCUGCGCGGAGGGAAGAUGAUGAAUAUUGUGCUCCUGGUACCGGAUAAUCUACCCCCGGGAGUAUCUAGACAGACUGGCUCGCUGGACGAAAUGAUGCGCUUAUUCGUGGGUUGGGAUCCAGUCUUAACCCGAUUCCUGGGCUACGUGAACGGCGUUGAUAAAUGGAAACUCAUGCACCACGCCGAAAUGGAAUCCUGGAUUAACGACAAAUCCAACCUCGUCUUCAUCGGCGACGCCUGCCACCCAAUGCUCCCCUACCUCGCGCAAGGCGCCAACUCAUCCCUCGAAGACGGCGCCGUCCUCGGAGGUCUCCUCGGCCACAUGAAACACAAAUCCGACCUGCCCGCUAUCCUCCGUUUAUACGAGAAGCUGCGCAAGUCUCGAGGUGAAGCGAUCGUGAGGGAGACGUUCAAGCAGGAAUGUGUAAAUAAACAGAGAAACGACUUCCACAUGCACGACGGCCCCGAACAAGAGAAACGAGACCAGUUAUUCCUCUCUCAGCUGGGGAAGGAGCUCAAGGGGGCUUUUCCGAGUCGGUGGACGUGUCCUGAAGUUCAACCAUGGCUAUAUGGAUAUGAUGCAAUUAAGGAGGUGGAGAACGUGGUGGAGCAGAAUCCGGGGUUGUUUAGUGGUGGUGGUGGUGGUGGUAGUAGUAGUAGUAGUAGUAAGAGGAGGGGGGUUACUUCGCAUCUAUAG